UUCUCGGCUGCUGGGUCGUGGUCCCUUCACUGAAAAGUGGGACUGCAGCUCUUUGGAAGCAAGAAGUUUUCCCUUGCAGAGCGACCUUUCGAUAUUUCUGCGCGUUGGGGCUACCCCGCAUUUUUAAAAAGAAGUAUUUCUCUGCGACUGACGGCUGACGUCUUAGGCCAUUUGGUCACAGCCCGGCUCGUCCACCUCCGCGCCCGCGGGUUUCUUGGGCUCAGGUCGGGGCCGAGUGGACCAGGAUCCCGGCCCCUCCUGGGUCACCAUGCCCGUGUCCACCAAGCACCUGGCGGAGGAACUGCAGAUAUUCGGCCUGGACUGCGAGGACGCUCUGAUUGAGAAAUUGGCAGAGUUUUGUGUUCUGUAUGGACAGAAUGAGGAGGGAAUGGUAAGUGAGCUGAUAGCCUUCUGCACCAGCUCAGGGAAAGCGUGCCUCACUGUUGAGAUCCUGAAUUCUUUUGAGCAUGAGAUUCUGAGCAAAAAAUUGUCCAAAGCUUGGCACAGCGCCUCCAAGGAGAGUGGGCAUGCAGGAGCCAGAGACAUUGUUUCUAUACAAGAGCUAAUUGAAGCAGAGGAAGAAGAGGAGAUCCUUUUGAACUCUUAUACCACACCCUCUAAGGGUUCUCAAAAGCGAGCUGUCACCACCCCAGACACCCCCCUAACGAAAAGGAGUGCGUCUACUCGUAGCCCGCAUCAGCUCCUCUCACCACCAAGUUUCUCUCCAAGUGCUACUCCUUCCCAGAAAUAUAGCUCAAGAAGUAACCGAGGAGAAGUGGUUACCACCUUUGGUUCAGCCCAGGGGGUGUCUUGGUCUGGAAGAGGAGGCGCUGGAAACAUCAGCCUGAAGGUCAUUGGGUAUCCAGAACCACUAACUGGGAGCUACAAGUCCAUGUUUCAGAAACUCCAAGACGUUCGAGAAGUUCUGACAUGUAAGAUGGAAGAGCUUGGCAGUGAACUCAAGGAACAUUACAAGAUUGAGGCUUUUACUCCUCUUGUUGUCCCAGCUCAAGAGCCUGUCACCCUUCUGGGCCAGAUUGGCUGUGACAGCAAUGGGAAGCUGAACAGCAAGUCAGUAAUUCUUGAGGGAGACCGGGAACAUUCCUCAGGUGUUCAAGUUCCAGUGGAUUUAUCUGAGCUCAAAGAAUAUUCUCUGUUUCCUGGACAGGUUGUAAUUAUGGAAGGAAUCAAUACCACUGGUAGAAAACUUGUUGCCACCAAACUCUAUGAGGGUGUGCCACUUCCAUUUUACCAGCCCACCGAAGAAAAUGGAGAUUUUGAGCAAACUAUGGUCCUACUUGCCUGUGGGCCAUAUACCACAUCGGACAGCAUAACAUAUGACCCCCUGCUCGACCUGAUCACCAUCAUCAACCAUGACCGGCCGGAUGUCUGCAUCUUGUUUGGUCCUUUCCUGGAUGCCAAGCAUGAACAGGUGGAGAACUGUCUACUGACAAGUCCAUUUGAAGAUGUUUUCAAGCAAUGUCUGCGAACAAUUAUUGAAGGGACAAGAAGCUCUGGCUCCCACCUUGUCUUUGUCCCAUCCCUGAGGGAUGUGCACCAUGAGCCCGUGUACCCGCAGCCGCCUUUCAUCUACUCUGAUCUAUCUCGAGAGGACAGAAAGCGAGUACAGUUCGUGUCAGAGCCCUGCAGCCUCUCUAUAAACGGAGUGAUCUUUGGCUUGACAUCCACAGACCUGCUGUUCCAUAUGGGGGCCGAGGAGAUCAGUAGUUCUUCCGGAACUUCAGAUAGAUUCAGCCGAAUACUCAAGCACAUCUUGACACAAAGGAGCUACUACCCACUCUACCCACCCCAUGAGGAUAUGGCCAUUGACUAUGAGAACUUCUAUGCCUAUGCACAGUUGCUGGUCACCCCAGAUGUCUUCGUAAUCCCAUCAGAGCUGAGGUACUUUGUGAAGGACAUCUUUGGCUGUGUCUGUGUGAAUCCUGGGCGCCUCACUAAAGGGCAGGUGGGUGGCACUUUUGGACGCCUCUACCUCAGGAGGCAGCCAGCCAUGGACGGAGAGGGGAGGCAGAGUCUGAGUGUGGCUGCGCAGGUGGUCAGGAUCUGAGUCUUCCGGCUUUUCAGU